AUGCAUGGAUUCUUGAGCCUCGUCUCCCUCCUUCUCCUAGCAGUGGUCCUUCGCCAGGGUGAGGCCAGUGUGGGCUCCUACGAGUCGUACGGCGACUCAGCGGAUGACUCGGAUGAUCAACAUGACGUUGAUCACUCUGCAAAGGGUGAAGUGCAGGAGAGGGCAUCUGUGAGUGGAGGAGAUGAAGCGGGUCGCGAUGAUCUCAACGAUCGAGAGAUGACCGAGGAGACGCCUAUGUUAAAUCAGAAGCCGGGCAGUGAAGUGAGCAUACACUCUAUGGGGUCGAGGAGUAGAAGCGUUGCUGAUCUCGUUGGAGCAACAACAGGAGGAGAGGAAGGGCUACCCGCGAUUCGUCCCUUCACACCAAGUGCCAACGGGACAUGGCAUUCGCACUUCAUCCAGAGGACUGUGACCAUCAAAGAGAAGCCUCUAACUUUCAAGGAGUUGAAGAGUCUCGUCAAAACGGCGAGGCUACCUAGUAUGAGGACGUCGACCAAACCGACAAGCUACACCUUUAAUAGUUGGGCUCCCUUGGCGAUAGGGGGCGGCCUUAGCUAUUCGUUGGAAGUACCGAGUUCGCCGUAUACAAUGGAUGGGGAAGGAGCAGAGGAGGUAAGUAGAAUACAGAAGUUGUGCGGGCUCAAGAAGUUGAGGGACAGUCGAACACACUACAUAUCAGUAUGCAAGGUUAGGCUCAGUGGGAUGCCUCGGGCGUUCAUCGACUCUGAAAGUGGUCUUCCUACUAUAAGGAUGGAAGCCCGUAGCCUCAUACGUCCCCUGAGAACGGACAUCACUAUCGAGUUCGUGUACGAUCGCAGUGAAGAGGCCUAUGGGGCUUUCGUUGCCCAUGCUCUUAUGCUGGAGGAGGAAUAUAGGAACACUCGAAGUGUGGAGAAAAAGGGGAAGAAGUCGGUCGAAACGACCACACCUGCUGAUUCCCACGUACUGCAGUCCCGGGCUGAGGGGUACAAGGCUCUUACUGAUCCCUGGUGGUUUGAGGUUGGUCUCCUCACUUGA